AUGGAAACGAUUCGGGAAAAAAAAAAAAAAAAUUUAAUAAUUUCAGGACCGGAAACGUGGGCAUCAAAAUUUCCUUUGGCCGCCGGAAGUAAACAAUCACCCGUUGAUAUAGAAACGGCAAAUGUAAAAUAUCAUUCAUCGGCGGCAUCUUUGACUUUUAAUUACGUACCAAAGAACGAUUGUCGUUUGUGUAAUUCAGGUUACGGAUGGAAAGUUUCCGUCGAAGAUGAAAAAUCAGAAUUAAGUGGGGGGCCUUUAGAGGGAAAAUACAAAUUAGAACAAUUUCAUUGUCAUUGGGGAUGCAGCAACGAUAAGGGAUCCGAACAUACAGUUAACGGACAAUGUUUUGCCGGGGAGCUUCAUUUGGUACAUUGGAACUCGACCAAAUAUUCAUCAUUUAAAGAAGCAGCAAAUUAUUCUGAUGGACUUGCAGUUUUAGGAAUUUUCUUAAAAGUAACUUGUUCAGAUAAUGAAGAAUUAGAAAAGGUUGUCACAAAGAUACCAUCGGUUUUAUUCCGGAAUGAAUCGGUACAGAUUGAAAAUUACAUAAAUCCUUUUAAUUUAUUACCUGAAAAAAAAACUUAUUGGACUUAUCAAGGUUCAUUGACAACCCCACCCUGUACAGAAAAUGUUACUUGGAUAAUAUUUAAAGACCCUGUCGAAAUCUCCGAUAGACAGUUAAGCAUAUUCAGAACUUUAAGAUGUCACACAAAAGAAAAUAUAAUUAAUGAAUCUGAUGGUUUGAUAAUGAAUAAUUAUAGGCCUCCACUUCCUUUGGGUAAUAGAGAACUUCGUGAAUGUGGAUCAUUUUAA